UCAUCUCCCUCUAUCAUCACUGCACCUCUUGGUUCCUCCACUGAGGUUGAUGCCAGCAUGUAUGUGGCAGGUGACCCAGGAGCAAAAUGUAGACCAUGCCAACCUUUGUUUUCCAGGUUUUUUCCAGGUUUGACGUUUCUUCCCUUGACAAUAAGUUUGAGCAGUUUGUCUCUGACCCUGAAGAUCUGAAGAGGAUCUUGCAAUAUCAACAGAAGAGGGAAAAGUUGACUAAAUGUGAAUUCACCUUGAUGUCAGACUUUAUUCUCGCCACGCUCGCAUCUAAACAGACCUUGGUGGCAUCUGAAGAUGAUAUUGAUCAAAAAAUGAAUGGGGGAGCUGUGGAAGGCAUAGAAAAGUCGGAAGAGAAGACAGUGAAGCAAGAAGACAGCUGCAGCGUAGAAGACAUUUGUGAGGAUGAUGAGGAGACAGGCGACAGUUCCACUGAAACUAAUCCAAACUCUCGUCCACACGAGUACGCGCUGUCAGCUGUCGGCUGUCAGCUGUCGGCUGUCAGCUGUCGGCUCAGUACCUCUCAAUGUUAUGAAGAAGCUGGUGCUGCAGGUGACAAUACUGGAAAAGCUGCCUACCAGCCACGCAGAUGCUCGCAGAGCUCAGUGGAAGGAGCGAAGGAACAUCUGGAUCUGAGUAAAAGCAAGGAGCCAUCAAAAGAGAGCAUCCUUUCUCUUCCAGUCAGCGAAACCCUGAAAAGAGCCAAUGAAAACACCAGCCUGCGGUGCAGCAAGACUUUUGCAUCUCGUUCCUCCUUGAAGAAACAACACUUUGUUCACUCCUCCAUUCGGCCAUUCAAGUGCACUCAGUUGGACAAGUCAUGUGAAAGUCAAAAAGACCUGAAUCAACAUUUCCUUAUUCACUCUAAACCUAAAGUCCCAUCUUUUGCAUGCAGACUUUGUGAGAAGAGAUUUAAUUUUCAGGCUUUGCUUACAGUCCAUCAUGGCGGAGAGAGGCCUGGCUGUACUGCGACGAGAGGUUCCUGACAAAUGCAGUCUUGAAGUCCCAUGUGCGUAUGCUUUGUGCACUGUGCACCUGAGGAAGCAUGAGAAAGAGAAACCGUACCUGUGCAGCACAUGUGGCAUGUCCUUUUGUAGCUCCGGGGCCUUGCUGGUUCAUUCACGCACUCACACAGGGGAGCGGCCUUAUCAGAGUGAUUCCUGUGAAAAAGGUUUCGCCAUAGCUGUGCAAUGGACUGUACAUCGGAGGUUCGAAGGCCGUAUUCUCGCUCACAGUGUGACAAAUCGUUCCACUGUAGCUUGGGACUGAAGAAACACAUGAGGACACACACAGGAGAGAAACCUCACCAGUGUUUAACAUGUCACAAGACGUUUUCUCAAAAAUCCAACAAGGAAAUUCAUCUCAAAGUCCACAAAAAAAA